GCACGUACGUUCAGGUCCAAAGAAGGGCGCGCUUGUUGAACUCCGACAUAAAACACCGCGAAUCUCACACUUUGUCUUUGUGCAUUCAUUAUCAAGGGUUGCAUCGCAUCACACCUUGCAAAAUCCCCUCAAGCUAUGAGAAAAUUGGAAAAGUUCUCAUAUAUAACCGUACCUUGACUAAACUUCUCGCAUCAGCGGCACAGCCCCGGACAUCGUCAAGAUGGCAUCCCCGAUCAAGCCUUACAAGAUCGAGGUUCCCGACUCGCAGAUCGAAGAGUUGCACUCCAAGCUCGACCUCGCCAAGUUCCCACCGGCCUUCGCGCUCACCGACAGCUGGGACUACGGCACCCCAGUGUCCGAGGUCGAGAGGCUUGUUCACCGCUGGCGCAACGGCUACGACUGGCGGGCUGCCGAGGCCAGGCUGAACGAGUUUCCCCAAUUCACGACGACGAUCUCGGUCGACGGCUUUGGAGACCUGGAAAUUCACUUCCUGCAUCAGAAGAGCAAGCAACCCGGGGCUGUUCCCUUGCUUUUCGCCCAUGGCUGGCCCGGCAGCUUCCUCGAGGUCCUAAAGAUCCUGCCGCUUCUGACGACGGAGAAGAAUGGCCUCUCGUUUGACGUCGUCGCGCCUUCACUUCCCAACUUUGGCUUUUCCGAAGGUCCCCAGAAGCCGGGCUUCCGCUUGCCUCAGUACGCUGAGGUCAUGCACAAGGUUAUGCUGAAGCUCGGUUAUGAGCAAUAUGUCACCCAGGGAGGUGAUUGGGGUUUCAGCAUCACCCGCUUCAUGGGCCUUCUGUACCCGGACCAUGUCUUGGCCUCGCACAUCAACAUGGUCUCGGCAUCCCCGCCAUCGCUGUCGAAGAACCCAUGGCAGUACCUCAAAAGUUUGGUUCCCUACACCGAGAAAGAAAAGAAGGGCAUUGAGCGGAGCCGCUGGUUCCGCCAGGAAGGCUUCGGCUACAACCUCGAGCAGGCGACCAAGCCCUCGACACUGGGCUUGGCAUGGGCCGACUCCCCUGUUGCGCUGUUGUCAUGGAUCUUGGAGAAGCUGCACGACUGGACUGACAGCUACCCAUGGACAGACGACGAGAUCCUGACGUGGAUCUCCAUCUACCAGUUCUCCAGGGCCGGCCCCGAAGCAAGCGCGAGGAUCUACUAUGAGGUGAAACACCCCGUCCGGCCGACGGAACCAAUGAAAUGGAUUCCACGCGUGAAGCUCGGAGUGUCCAUCUUCCCCAUGGACUUAUUUGUACCGCCCAUGAGCCAUGCCAAGACGCUUGGCCCCGUUGUCUUCGCCGUUACGCAUGGGGAUGGUGGCCACUUCGCCGCGCAUGAGAGACCUGAGAUUCUGGUCAAGGACCUGAGGGAGAUGUUCAGCAAAGGUGGUGGCGCACACGAUGUUGCGGAAAAACUGUCCAAGAAUAGCCUUUUGGCAAAAUUGUAGAUUGUUAUGGAUGGCAAUAGUCGACAACUACGGCUGACAACUAGGAGCUAUUAUUCAUCAUUUCGCGGCAAGGAAUUAUGUCUUCUCCUGGCGCUAUUACUAUUAUCAAACCUCCAUUUCCUCUG